GGUGCAGAGCCGCGGCCGGCGCUGCCAGCCCGGGGCCGCUCCGCUGCCCGCCCCGGGGCCCGGCUCAUUCCCGGUGCCGGUGCCCAGCGGCGGGACCCUGCCUGGCUCUGGGGCACCCGGGCGUGCUGCGAGGGGCGUGGGUGUGGUCCUGUGGCUCCGAGGGGUGGAGCGAGGGCCAGGGUGACCCCAGCACAUCCCUGUCCACCUCCGGGCAGGUCAGCGGCGCUGCCGCCCAGCUGCCCCCAGCGCUCAGCCCUGCACACCUCGACCCUCCUCAGCCCGGCCCUGGGAGAGGCUGCGGGAUGGCCGAGGGGGAAAUCACCACCUUCACCGCCCUGACGGAAAAGUUCAACCUGCCCCCAGGCAACUACAAGAAACCCAAACUCCUGUACUGCAGCAACGGGGGCCACUUCCUGCGCAUCCUCCCCGAUGGCACCGUGGAUGGCACCAGGGACCGCAGCGACGAGCACAUUCAGCUGCAGCUGAGUGCAGAAAGCGUGGGGGUGGUGCACAUCAAGAGCACCCAGUCGGGGCAGUACCUGGCCAUGGACACCAACGGGCUGCUCUACGGCUCGUUACUGGGUGAGGAGUGUCUGUUCCUGGAAAGGCUCGAAGAAAACCAUUACAACACCUACGUCUCCAAAAUGCACGCGGACAAGAACUGGUUUGUGGGGCUGAAGAAGAACGGGAACAGCAAGCUGGGCCCGCGGACUCACUAUGGCCAGAAGGCGAUCCUCUUCCUGCCACUGCCCGUCUCGGCCGACUGAGGCCGGCCCAGAAGCUCCGAGAUGACCCCAAAUCCCAAAACCCAACUGCUGCUGCCUCCUUAGAGCUCGUCAGAGCUCCAAGCUUUAGGUCAAGGCUUUGCCAAAUCUAGCCAAAGCAGAGUCCCUUUGCUCUGCACGAAGCUUUGCAGAGAUGAGGGGACGAGCCCUGACACCCCCUCAAGGUCCACGGGGCCUCCGUCCUCCUGCCCCCAGCCAUGUGCCAGUGUGUGCCACGUCCCUCAGCUGUGUGCCCAUGUGUUCCAUGACCCUCAGCCGUGUGCCUGUGUGUGCCACAUCCCUCAGCCGUGUGCCCGUGUGUGCCACAUCCCUCAGCCGUGUGCCUGUGUGUGCCAUGACCCUCAGCCGUGUGCCCGUGUGUGCCACAUCCCUCGGCUGUGUGCCCGUGUGUGCCACAUCCCUCAGCCGUGUGCCUGUGUGUGCCAUGACCCUCAGCCGUGUGCCCGUGUGUGCCACAUCCCUCAGCCGUGUGCCUGUGUGUGCCAUGACCCUCAGCCGUGUUCCUGUGUGUGCCACAUCCCUCAGCCGUGUUCCUGUGUGUGCCACAUCCCUCAGCCGUGUGCCAGUGUGUGCCAUGACCCUCAGCCGUGUGCCUGUGUGUGCCAUGACCCUCAGCCGUGUGCCUGUGUGUGCCAUGACCCUCAGCCGUGUUCCUGUGUGUGCCACAUCCCUCAGCCGUGUGCCCGUGUGUGCCACAUCCCUCAGCCGUGUUCCUGUGUGUGCCACAUCCCUCAGCCGUGUGCCAGUGUGUGCCACAUCCCUCAGCCGUGUGCCAGUGUGUGCCACGUCCCUCAGCCGUGUGCCCGUGUGUGCCACAUCCCAGGGCUGUGUGCCUGUGUGUGCCACGACCCUCAGCCGUGUGCCUGUGUGUGCCAUGACCCUCAGCCGUGUGCCUGUGUGUGCCAUGACCCUCAGCUGUGUGCCCGUGUGUGCCAUGGCCCUCAGCUGUGUGCCCGUGUGUGCCAUGGCCCUCAGCUGUGUGCCCGUGUGUGCCAUGACCCUCAGCUGUGUGCCUGUGUGUGCCAUGACCCUCAGCCGUGUUCCUGUGUGUGCCAUGACCCUCAGCCGUGUUCCCGUGUGUGCCAUGACCCUCAGCUGUGUGCCAUGAACUAGGCAAAGCUCCAGCCUCAGACCUUGGCCUCCCUCACAACAUCAGUAGUGUGUGUUUCAUGCUCGUACCUGCCAUAUGUUAUUUGUAUUUAUUUAUUAAGUAAAUAUGUCUCUUCUA